GAAAACACCCUUGUGUUAGAAUCAUUUUCACUUUGCCUUUAUGCUUUUCACUGACAAGUAACAAACACCAACGUCUUUGGUGUGAUGUCUCCGGGUUUGAGAUAUGUGACCUUUCUGUCCGGCGGCACAGGGUGUGAUGAUAACGGAGCUGGAAAUGGGCAGCAGCUGAGGCCUGAUGAAGUGUUAAUCUCUGCUCUGUCUGGAGUAAUGUCAAGACCACAGAGUGCUGGAGCCAUUGUUGCAAGCUGGUAUUUAAAGGGACAAAGUUUUUCGUGAUAGCGAGCGUGCAUGGCUGAACUGUACUUCACUGUGGUUUUGUCAUCUGAACUGGGGCUUUCCUGGGAUCAGAACAGCAAGGUUACUUUGCUUCUGCACCAGUGGUACCUGUUAAACACUUGUUCUGGUGCACUGAUAAACAUUUCUAUUUUUUACCUGAAAAAAGUUGCACAACUCAAUUUACAUUAUACAUGUACAUGUCCCUAAAGGUUUGCCUCUAACUUCCUUUAGCCACUUAACUAUUGUUGAUUCUUGCUGCGAUAGAUCCUUGGUGAUAACAGCUGCCCUAUUACUUCCUGUCCACAAGAUUUUAACACAUCUAUUUCUAUACUUUCACCUUUCUUUCUUCCUUCCUCCCCUGAUCUGCCUCUGAAUCACGGGUUAAUACUUAGUAUCUUUAACCGCACCAUCACCCUGUGAUAUGAGGAAACGUUCAAGAGCAACCAGUGUUCAGGAAGAAGACAUGUUGCAUGAUUUAUAGCAGAAACAGGCUCUUGCUUUAAGUCAACACGUUUGUUUUGAGUCAGCUUCUCUGAAGAGAUUACUACAGUCCUGGAGGAGGGAUUUACUUCAGGUUACAGAACAUUAUUGCUGCCAUUUAUGGGAUUUUUCAUGCUGUUUUAAUUUUCAUUUUACAAAAAUGUCCAUCUCUUUGGAGAUUUUCAGAUAUAAAAUGUGUUGAGGAGUGGCUGACGCUGUAAGAAUGCACACCCAGAUGAGUCCAUCUCAGAGCUGAAGCUAGGUUUCAGAUCCUGUUUUAUUUUAUGUAAUUUGAUUCAAACCUCUAGGAUGGGUAGCUGCAACAACUCAGAAGGACUGUAGUUUAUACUGCAAAGACACCAGAUUUGGCUACCUUCACACCCUUGACCCUUUUUUACAUUUUUGUCAUGUUACAACCAGAAACGUCUGGGUUUUUUACUAGAAAUUAAUCCAACAGACCAACACAAAGUAGUGCAUAACUUUGAAUGGAAGAAAAAAAGGUACAUGGUUUGUAAUUGUACUUAAAAUUAAAUGUAAAAAGUGUGGCAUAUAUUUAUAUGCAGCCAAUUCUUAGCAAAACAGCUCAAGCUCACUCAGAUUGGAUGGAGAGCAUCUGUGAACAUCAGUUUUUAAGUCUUGCUAUGGAUUAUCAAUUGGAUAUAGGUAUGGACUUUGACUAGGCCAUUCUAACACCUGGAUAUGCUUUGAUCUAAACCAUUCCACUGUAGCUCUAGCUGCAUGUGUAGGGUGGUUGUUCUUGUUUUGCUGGAUGUUGAACGUCCACCCCUGUGUUGAAUCUUUUGCAGCAUCUAACAGCGUUUCUUCCACUAUUUUGUUGAAUUUAGUUCCAUCCAUCUUCUCACCUACUCUGUCCCUGCUGGAGAAAAGCAUCCCCACAGCAUGAUGCUGCCACCACCGUUUGUUACUGUGAGGAUGGAGUGUUCAAGGUGAUAUGCAUUGUUAGCACUGUUUAACAGUAUUUUGUCUUACAUAAAUACAUUCAGGUUUGUGGUUGUCAAGUUAACUUUAAUAAGUCACGUUAAAUGGUCCUUGAUGAGUGUUUGGACUUUUUUAAAUCUAGCGUGUGGCUUGUAAAACAGCAGCAUGAGCUAUAGUAGAAUUUACCUUUCUACCACACAGGCAACCGAAAUCCUUACAGUGAGAUCAAAUACUCCAGGUUUAGUUUGUGUGCUUUCAUGGUUGCUCUCUGAGGUUUUGUUUAGAUGUGUGUGGUCUGUGCGACUGACAGCCGCUCCUAUGGUGCUGAGUGCUGCCUGUCAGUCAUAAACAGAGAGGCUCACACUGUCUGGGAUACGUCUACAGAGAAAACACACAUAUUGGCAGCAAAUGUAUUAAGGAGUAUCCCUGCUUACUAACAUUAGGGAAUUUCUCCAUCCAUUGCAUGUGUUUCCAGGCAGUUUUAUCCCUCCCUGCAACUGAGCUUUUUUUUUUUUUUUACUCUACCACAAACCGUUUCCUUGUCAUCACUGGGUUCUCUGCUCUUUCGUUAACACAUCUCACGUUUCAGAGGCUCAAACUAGCACAGCUGCUCUGUCUGCGAGCAUUGGUUUGUCUGUUAUUAACAAGCAGUAAAAAGCAACGCGGCUGGACAAAUCGGAGCAACUGUAGCAUUAAGGCAGCUCACGGAUCGCUGCCACAUGGAGGAUGGGCUACAUGAGGAGCUGCCCUUGACUCUGACUCCAAUGUUAAGUUGUGACCAGUUUGCUGCCAUAGGCGGAAACGUCAGUGUUCCUCUGGGAUACAAAAUGAAAUCUACUGAUGCUCUGAAGUGGAGGUUUAAAGACGUAACAAUAUUUCAUAAAAAACAUGAAAAUGUGUUCGUGAAUAAAAGUGAUGUUAAUGCAAAUGGAUCCCUCAAACUGACAAAUCUGAAGAAGGACCAAGCAGGAGUUUACAUCCCUGAGGUUUAUGAUAAAGAUGGAAAAUCACAGACCACGAAGAGCACAAAUGUAUGUGUUUUAGACCCUGUGAAGAAGCCUACAAUAAAUGUAAUAUGCAGGGACCCAGAUGUUAUCUUUACCUGCAGUCAUGAUCAGCAACCAGAUGGUGCACGAUACAAAUGGUUCCAGAAUGAGACGCUGAUGAUCAACAAAACAAAAAUCUCAUUGAAAAGAAAAAAAACAGAAAAUAAAAACUUACUUUUUUCCUGUAAAGUUGAGAAUGAUAUCAGUUCUGAAAAAAGUGACCCUUUGACUAAUAUCUGCUUUGACCCUGUGAAGAAGCCUGAAAUAAAUGCGACAUGCAAGGACUCAGAGGUCAUCUUUACCUGCUUUGCUGCUCAGCAGCCUGAUGAUGCACAGUACAAAUGGUUCCUAAAUGGGAAUGAGAUCAGCAAUGAAACAAAAAUCUCUCUGAUAAGAACAACUGCAGAGAGUAAAAACCUGACUUUCUCCUGUGAAGUUUACAAUGAGGCUAGUUCUGAAAAUAGUGACUCUUUGACUCACGCCUGUAAAAGCCCUACUUUUCUAGGUCUCCCAGAGGAGUUGUUUGGAAUAAGCAUCUGGGGUUUUAUUGUCAGUGGAGCAGGUUUUCUUCUACUGCUGAUCAUUAUUGUCGUUGGGUGUUGUCUCCGAUGUAAAAAGAACAGAAGAGAGGAUGAUGAUGAGGAGCUUCAAUACCGACCAGCAAGUGAAUCAUCACCAUCAUAUUGCUCCGCCUGAUCAUCUUCCUCUUCAUCAGCAACACCAUUAUCACCACCACCAGCAGCUGGCCUCUGAAGCUGCACCGCUUUACAUAUAAGUACAGUUAAAACCAGAUAUUUACAUACACGGUAUAAAAAGACACAACCUUUUGUUUCACUAUCAGGCUUGUCCUGUUUAAGGUUAGUUUAUAUUACCAAAAUUAUUUCUAUUUACAUACAUACAUUUCCCUAAUAUCUUGUUGAAUUACUUUUUAAACAGAAGUUUUGGCCCAUUCCUCCUAACAGAACUGGUGUAACUGGGUCAGAUUUGUCGGCUUUUGCUUACACACACCUUUUCAGCUGUGCCCACAAAUCUUCUCUGGGACUGAAAUCAGGUUUUUGUGAUGACCACUCGUAAACAUUAACUUUGUUGUCCUUAAGACACAUUGUAAUUAAUUUGUCUGCAUGGUUAUGGUGUGUUUUCAUUUUGAUCUGUUUUCAUCCAAGGUUUAAUUUGCUGAUGGUUUGAGAUGUUGUUUCAAUAUUUCCUCAUAAUCUUCUUUCCUUAUGAUAACAUCUAUUUUGUGAAGUGCACCAGUCCCUCCUGCAGCAACACACCAAACAACUAAACUUUGGUUUGGUCAGACCACAGGACAUGUCUCCAUGAAAUACACUAUGUGUCCCUGAGGGCAUUAAUUAGAAAACCUUGCUGUUUUGUUGUUGCUUUUGGAGUAAUGCCUUCUUCCUUACUGGUUGGCCUUUCAGCCCAUGUUUUUGCUUCUGGAGCUGAUUCUUGUAUUUUGCACCAAAACCCGUUCCUGUUUGAGACACAGAGCCUGUCCGCUUUGAACGGUAUAAUGGAUGGACGUUCUCAUGGUGUUUAUAAUUGAAAUAAUUGUUUGAACGAUGAACGAGCACCUUUAGGUAUCUAGCAAUUGCACCCAGACUUGUGGAGGUCCUCAGUUCUCUUUCUAAUAUCUUGCCAUAUUUGAUUUUUCCAUGAUGUCACACAAGGAAUUAGUGUUUUUAAGGUGUUGCUUCAAAAUACAUCCACAGUUGUGCCUACUUUUUUAACUUAAAUGUUGUGAAUCAACCAUUCAGAAACUGCAAGGAACAGUAAAUUAGUGUCAGAAGGAGAGAAAGAAAGUGAUCUGUCUUUUAGUAAAGUAUACGUAAUUAUCUAGGUUUGAAUUAUGUACAUAUAUAUCAAAAUGUAUAUUUUAUUCCAAACAUUAUGCAUGUAUGUAUUAGCUUAAGAACCACAUUGUUAAGUCUCUUGUUGUCUGUUGAGACAGAACCAAGCACUGCAUGGCAACAUCUCAUGACACGCUGAGCGCUUUUUCAAGCUUAGAAUGACAAACCGGAUCAUAUAUCAAGCUUUUAUUAUACUUUCAAGAUCUGGUCUAAGUAUAAAACCUUAGUUGUAUUUUUUUUUUUUUUUUGCAAGAAGUCAGGUUUUUACAAUCUGGACUUGGUCAAUAAAUCAUCAGCCUUUCUACAGGUCUUUCUUUGGACUUUUGCUGCUUUUUAACUUUUUUUUCAGUUUAUGUCCCUCACAGCUUUAUUGGAAUUUUGGAUGAAGUGAUUUUAUGUCUGCAUUCAGCCAACAACUUAGCAAAGAAUACAUUUUAAAUUGGAUUUUUAGUUUCUGUGUUGCCAGCAGCCUGUCACUAAGAUUUAAAAUAUGACAGUCUGAUAGUCACUGGGACCUUGAGUUCCAAAUAAAAUGUUUUUAUCUGAAAUGAGGAGCUUUUACCACUGAGCCACAGUUCAGUCAUGGCUUGAACACAAGGAAUGCUACAGUUGUACUCCAUGUCCUGGAUACAUCUGUGUAGCGGCUAGUAAAGCUCAGACUCCAUCUGCGGUCCAAACCUUGAGAAUCUCCCCAACCAUGAAUAAACUUUGCUUCUCAAUCCUCUAAAAGCUACAGUUAUCUCUGUUGUUUUUUGCAAUUCUUCCUUCCACUCAACAUUCCCUUGGUGAAAACCUAGUUCUGCAGCAGUGACAUUUUGUUGCUUACCCUCCUUGUGGUGGGUGUUAGUGUCUGUCUGCUGUCGACACAGUCUGCAGUCUUCAUAAUUUUGUAGGCCAUAACAUAACAUUUCUGUGUCAGCAAUGUUUGUAAUUAAUUUUAGGUAACAUUUUUCUGACCAAGUGGAUUUUGGGUUUUCUUUAGCAGUAAGUCAUAAUUAGCAAACUUAAUGUAAAUAAACACGUGAAAUAUAUCACUCUAUAUGAAAUAAUUUGAUAUUAAAAGUUUAUUUUUUAUGCUCAAUUGCUGAAAUAAACUUACUUUAUAAUGAUAUUGUA